CGGUGCCCGGCCCGGCUCGGCCCGGCGGCCGCAGCAUGUGAGCCCGCGGGGCGGGGAUGCUCUGGCUGCUCUGCGGCCCCUGCGGCGCCAUGGACAGCCAGGCGCUCGUCAUCCGCAUCAAGAUCCCCGACGGAGCCGCCGUGGACUGGACCGUGCACUCCGCGCCCCAGCUGCUCUUCAGGGAUGUGCUGGAUGUCAUUGGCCAAGUUUUGCCAGAUGCAACAACCACAGCAUUUGAGUAUGAGGAUGAGGAUGGGGAUCGGAUCACGGUCAGGAGCGACGAGGAGAUGAAGGCCAUGCUGUCCUACUAUUUCUCCACGGUGAUGGAGCAGCAGGUGAAUGGCCAGCUGAUAGAGCCUCUGCAGAUCUACCCACGAGCCUGCAAGCCUCCUGGGAAACGGAACAUCCAUGGCCUCAAGGUGAACACUCGGGCAGGGGCUGGCAGCGCCCCCGAGGCCCUGCCCAGCAACAGCUUGAAGAAAUCCUCUGCAGAGCUGAAGAAGAUCCUUGCCAAUGGCCAGAUGAAUGAACAAGACAUUCGAUACCGAGACAUCCUCGGCCACGGCAACGGAGGCACCGUCUACAAGGCUUACCAUGUCCGUAGUGGAAAAAUCCUGGCAGUGAAGGUCAUACCCUUGGACAUAACACUGGAGCUCCAGAAGCAGAUCAUGUCAGAGUUAGAAAUUCUUUACAAGUGUGACUCCUCGUAUAUCAUAGGAUUUUAUGGUGCUUUUUUUGUGGAAAACAGGAUUUCGUUGUGCACAGAGUUCAUGGAUGGGGGGUCCCUGGAUGUGUACAGGAAAAUUCCAGAGCACGUCCUCGGAAGGAUAGCGGUGGCUGUUGUGAAAGGCCUGACCUAUUUGUGGAGCCUGAAGAUUUUACACAGAGAUGUGAAGCCCUCCAACAUGCUGGUGAACACGCGGGGCCAGGUGAAGCUCUGUGACUUUGGGGUCAGCACCCAGCUGGUGAAUUCCAUAGCCAAGACGUAUGUUGGAACAAAUGCUUACAUGGCGCCUGAGAGGAUUUCGGGGGAGCAGUACGGGAUUCACUCGGAUGUUUGGAGCCUGGGGAUUUCCUUCAUGGAGCUUGCUCUUGGGAGGUUUCCAUAUCCUCAGGCUUAUCUUGAAAGCACUUUUGAGCAACUGCUGUGUCAGUAAAGUUCCUUACAGACGUCGGAGUUGAUCUGAUGUUUAUACAACCGCCAGCGGAAUUUUUGCUGUUUGAUUGAUGGAGAGCUUGAUGUUAUUCCAAACGGCUUUUUAAGCUGUUUUUAAGAAUUAUUUGAAUAAAAUGCGAGCAAGAUAUUGUUAUAACGGCGGAGAUUAUCUGUUAAAAAUCUGUUUCAAAUAAGGAACAUGAUAAGUAGGAAAAAGGAGAUCAAAAAGACAGGAGGAGUGAUGGACGCGGGAGAUGGUAUUUGUUAAAAUAGAUCAGCCAGGGAUCCAAAUAACUUAUUGCAAAAUGCACUGGGAGCAGGAGACCCAAAUUUAAGGCUCUUUUUUGUGCACAGAGUUUAUUUUUGCAGCAGGAGAAAUAAGAGGAAUAAAUUAGGGAAGAAUUUAGGAAUUUAGUCAUAGCUGGAUUUUCCCCUUGAUUUUUUUUUUUUCCCCCUUCCUUUUCCCAGCACAAACUGGGAGAGACAAGGCUGUCAGAGCUGGUAGUCGGACAAAAUGAUGACAUAUCCCUGAUCUCGAGGAGGAGGCAUCCUGAAAUCCCACAGCAGAGGAAGCAGAAGUGGGUGACAGGAAUUUCACAGCCCAGGGAAGCGCUGGCUGCGGACCUGCCGUGCCUUGGCUUCCUGAGAAAACAUCACAGGGAGGGAAAAAAACCCCAAACAAACCAAUGGAAGCAAACAGCUUUUUGCUCCUCCUGGUAGGGAAAGGUUUGUGCUGUUCCCAGCUCCCGGGGUUGGAAAAGCCCGGGAGGGACAAAGCAGAGCGUUCCGGGCCGGCUGCUCAGCUGGGUCCUGCUGCUCCCGGGGCUGGGGACAAUGAGCCGGCCCCGGGACACGGCUCCUUCCUCCACCUUCCCUUUCCUAAACCAUGGCCCUGGUUAUUCUUUUAUUCCUGCUCCCAAAGCUGAGGGAAUCUCGACAUUCCCUGUUCCUCCCCCUGGCUGCUCUCGCUCGCCGCGCUCUCCGCCUGCCGGAUUCCAUCCCGGUCCGGCUCCCGUGCUCCUCUGCCCUGGAAAACCUGGAUUUAUUUGCUGUAUCUCCCUUGGCUAAAUAAUUGCCUGCCUGGAAAUGAAGUUGCUGCUUCCUGAUGCCUGCGUUAGCACGGCCGAGGUUCUUUUUGUUCCCUGCAAUCCAUACUAUUGACCAGACUGGGCCUGGCCCCCUUUAAAUGGAAGCUGCUUGUCAAGGGAAAAAAUAUUUGGUUCAAGUUGGGAUGCGAAAUGACCAUUUUAGUGUUGUUGUUCCCAUUGGCAGAGGCAUCCUUUAAGCAUUCAUUUCUUUGGGGAGGAUAAAUUGAGGGUUGUUUACAGCAUGUUUCCUGGUAAGAAAGAAAUGUUUUGUCUUCCAGAUCUAUCAUUACAUCGAACCAUUUAAAAGACAUUAAACACUGCUCAAAUGCUAAUGCCAAAACAGUGAAUGAAAUUGUUGGGUAAUAUCUUAAAUGUGAUAGAUUUCUGCAAAUCUUUUUGCUUUGAUGAUGUAUUCCAGAAAUCACUGGCAAUAUUUGAAGUCGUCUGCUAUUGUUUUAAACUCCUCCUAAUUUCUCAGCAGAGGUUUCACAUAGAUCAUUCCUGAUCAUUUACUUCAGAUACUUUUUUUUUUAUUUUUUUUUUUUUUUCUCCAUAGCCAGAAAUUAGUUUGAACUUGAAUUUGAUUUGCCUGGUAGAACUUGCUGUGAAAUUUGAAUUCAGUUUAUUUUUCCAGAGGUGCUUUCAUGUUUGGAAAAUUGAGAGAUUUAAAAAAAAAUUUUAAAGGAUCCGUUAGCAAUCUGAAAUAUAAGAAGAAAAAUUUUA